AUGUCAAGAGUAGCUAGAGCACAGUGUGCCAACUGUACUUGCUCACCAGGUUUAUUGUCGAGAACAAAUAAAAAGUCCGUAUCAUUUGCUAAAAGAAUUAAUCUUAAUAGACUCAAUAGCAGUGGCAGUAUUAAAGAUGGAUCACAAUCAAGAAAAGGUUCUGUUUUCACUUUGGAUCCAUCUUUGUGCUUGCCCGAAACUAAAGAAGUCAAUACCACUCAAAGGUUGGAAAGGUUGAGACAAGAGAUGAAAAAACAAGAUUUGGGUAUUUAUAUUGUCCCCAGUGAAGAUCAACACCAAUCGGAAUAUACCUCUGCUUAUGACCAAAAAAGAAGUUUUAUUAGUGGCUUCAGUGGAAGUGCUGGUGUUGCCAUUAUUACCAGAGAUUUGAACAGUGUUGGUGGAGACGACUUUACUCAGGGUAGUGCUGCAUUAUCAACUGACGGCCGUUAUUUUACUCAAGCACUUGAUGAGUUGGAUUUUAAUUGGAUUUUGUUGAAGCAAGGAGCUAAAGGCGAACCUACUUGGGAAGAAUGGACUGCACAACAAGCAUCUCAGUUGAGUUUGGAUAGUGGGUCCAAAGUGAAAAUUGGUGUUGAUCCUAAAUUGUGGAGUUAUAAACAAUACCAGAAAUUUAAAGGCGUUAUUGAAAAACAGUUGACGAAAACACCAAAGGCGCAGAUUGAAAUCACUCCCGUGGUUGAUAAUUUGAUAAAUAAGAUUUGGGAAGAUUUUGAAUCCUUGCCACCAUCUACGCUUGGUGAAAUAAAACAUUUGGAUUUGAGUUUUACUGGUAAAGAAGCAAGCGACAAAAUAAAGGGAAUUAGAGACCAAGUGGCCAAAGAUGACGUUGAUGGUAUGGUAAUUACAGCAUUGGAUGAAAUUGCUUGGUUGUUGAAUUUGCGUGGUCUGGAUAUUCCUUAUAAUCCCGUGUUUUACAGUUUUGUUAUUCUUACAAAGUCUCAAUUAAAGUUAUUUGUUGGACAAAAUAGACUAUCCUCACAUAUAAUUGAUAACUUGGAGAAGAUUGGUGUUACUAUUGAACCAUAUGAACAAUUUUACUCAUCGUUGAGCUCACUUUCAAAAGAGAUUGCUGUUGAUAACAAGAAACUAUUUAUACCGAACAAUGCCAACUGGGAAGUUGUACGAAGCUUACAAUGUUCAUUUAAUGAAGGAUUAUCUGCUGUUGAAUUACAAAAAUCAAUCAAAAAUGAAACUGAAUUGAAAGGGGCAGAAAUUGCUCACUUGAAGGAUGGAAGAACAUUGAUUAAAUUCUUUGCUUGGUUGGAAAAUGAAAUUGUGGAAAAUGGAGAAAUGAUUGAUGAAGUUACUGCUGAUGAGAAAUUGACUGAAUAUAGACAACAAGAAGAUAAUUUUGUUGGAUUGUCAUUUGAUACAAUUAGUGCUACUGGGGCCAAUGGUGCUGUAAUACACUAUAAACCAACCAAAGGAGCAUGUUCAGUCAUCAAUCCAGAAAAGAUUUAUCUUAACGAUUCAGGAUCUCAAUUCUUAGAAGGAACUACUGACACAACUAGAACUGUCCACUUCUCCACUCCAACUAGAGAACAAAUCAGAAACUACACUUUGGUUUUGAAGGGAAACAUUGCUUUAUCAACCUUGAAGUUCCCUGAAGGAACAACUGGUAACCUAAUUGAUUCUGUAGCAAGGCAAUACCUUUGGGACUAUGGUUUGGAUUACGGCCAUGGAACAUCUCAUGGAAUUGGUGCUUAUCUUAAUGUUCAUGAAGGUCCAAUAGGUAUUGGUCCAAGACCAAACGCGGCCGCAAAUGCAUUGCAACUGGGUAACCUUAUCUCAAAUGAACCUGGGUUUUACAAAGAAGGCGAUUAUGGAAUUCGUAUUGAAAAUGUCAUGUAUAUCAAGCCAAGUCAGUAUACUUUUGCCGGAAAGAAAUAUUUGGAAUUCGAAACUGUUACAAAAGUGCCAUUUUGUAAGAAAUUGAUUGAUACUUGUAUGUUGACUGAAAAGGAAAUUAGAUGGGUUAACAAGUAUCAUGCAACAAUUUGGAGAGAAUUGAGUAAUAGCCUUGGCAAGAACAGUAUUGCUUAUAAAUGGUUAAAGAGAGAAACUGAACCAAUUGCUCCUUAG